GGUUUAGUUGAAUCUUCCGUUCGGGUCAGUUCAAUGGGGGAGCGAGAUGGGAGCGGCGGCGCGGCGGCUCCGGCGCUCGCCUUUUGUCUGGGGGCUCUUCGCCCGGCGCGGUCCGCGCUCAUUCUCCUUCUUUGCUCUUGGGCUCCCCUGGAACUGUUAGUUAGGACCCGCUCGCCGAGCCCCCGAGGAAACGGCUCGCUUGCGCUCUCCCCGAAACUCGUCGGCGCCCCUCGCCGCUCACCGUCAGCCCUGUCAAUAGGGAGGAAGCUGGCCGGCGGGUCGGCGCCCGGGCGGAGGGGAGCCGGCGGGCAGAGCCGACGGGAGGAAGGCGGGCUGGUCCGCGCCCCCGCCGGGCGCACACACACCCCCUUCUGCCGCCGGGGACCGGGCUGGCGGACGCGGCCGGGCUCCGGGGACGGGGAUCUGAACGACCCUCGGGCGCUCGCGGGGCUGGUAUCUAGGGUGGGCCCGCUGGGGGCGAGGGGCGGCGGGGGCGUCGCCCGAGGGGCGGGGGUGCCCAACUCUGCCCUCUCGUGCUCGGCGGCGGCGGCGCUGUGUGUACCCCUUUAAGAAGGAGCCGCUCGAGCGCUGACGGUUGGGAUUUGAAGUUCUUCCUCCCUCUUUGGAAGUCUGGACUGAGGGGGGGUGUUGCCAUGGCGACGGCAACCCCCCCACCUUUCUCCUCACGGACGCCCCGAAGACUCGGGUCUUCUUUUACUGUCAUGUGAUGGACCCUUCCCUGCACAGACAUGCACAUCGCUCUCCCCACCUCGCAUCCCCUUCUGCAGUUUCGUCUUCCUUUUUGGUUGGGUGGGAAUCGUUUUGCUUCAAACUUCUGGGCUCCGGACUGUCAUUCUGCGGGUUCCUCGGGGGUGGCGUGAGGUGGUGGGAUCUCGCCGCCUUGCCGCCGUUGCUUUUUUGUCUGAGUGAGACGUGUACGUGGAGCUGUUAUCCAGCAGGUUUUGAGAGUAUUUUAGAAGGGCUUUAUGGACCACGGCUACGAAGAGACCUCAGUUUAUUUGAAGACUGUGAACCAGAAGAGCUGACUGACUGGUCUAUGGAUGAAAAAUGUUCAUUUUGUAACCUACAAAGAGAAGCAGUCAGUGAUUGUAUACCAUCUCUUGAUUCUUCACAGUCAACACCAACAGAGGAGCUAUCAUCUCAGGGCCAGUCCAACACUGAAAAGAUUGAAUGCCAAGCAGAAAAUUACCUAAAUGCACUCUUUCGAAAGAAAGAUCUUCCUCAGAACUGUGAUCCUAACAUUCCCCUAGUUGCUCAGGAAUUAAUGAAAAAGAUGAUACGUCAGUUUGCAAUUGAGUAUAUUUCAAAAAGUGGUAAAAUUCAAGAGAAUAGAAAUGGUUCAAUUGGACCAAGUCUGAUAUGUAAAAGUAUCCAAAUGAAUCAAGCAGAAAACUCCCUUCAGGAAGAGCAGGAAGGCCCCUUAGACCUCACUGUGAAUCGAAUGCAAGAACAAAAUACUCAGCAAGGGGAUGGAGUGUUAGAUCUCUCUACAAAGAAAACCAGCAUAAAAUCUGAAGAGUCAUCAAUAUGUGAUCCUUCUUCUGAAAAUUCAGUGGCUGGGAGACUACACAGAAACAGAGAGGACUAUGUGGAAAGAAGUGCUGAGUUUGCAGAUGGUUUGCUCUCAAAAGCUUUGAAAGACAUUCAGUCUGGAGCACUGGACAUAAAUAAAGCAGGCAUACUUUAUGGCAUACCUCAAAAAACUUUACUUCUCCACUUAGAAGCCUUACCAGCAGGGAAGCCUGCAUCUUUUAAAAACAAAACUCGAGAUUUCAAUGAUAGUUACUCAUAUAAAGACAGUAAAGAAACUUGUGCAGUGCUGCAAAAAGUAGCCUUGUGGGCAAGAGCUCAAGCAGAGCGCACAGAAAAAAGUAAACUCAAUCUACUUGAAACCUCAGAAUUAAAAUUCCCAACAGCUUCCAGUUACCUCCAUCAGUUAACUCUACAGAAAAUGGUUACUCAAUUUAAAGAAAAAAAUGAAAGCCUACAAUAUGAAACACAUCCUACUGUACAGUUAAAAAUUCCUCAGCUACGAGUAAGUUCUAUUUCAAAACCACAACCUGAUGGUCCUGGUCUGCUGGAUGUUAUGUAUCAAGUUUCCAAAACCUCUCCAGUCCUUGAAGGAUCAGCCCUCCAAAAACUGAAAAAUAUACUCCCUAAACAGAACAAAAUAGAAUGUUCUGGGCCUGUAACUCACUCAAGUGUUGACUCUUAUUUUCUACAUGGGGACCUCUCUCCUUUGUGUCUUAAUUCUAAAAAUGGAACAGUUGAUGGAACCUCUGAAAAUACUGAAGAUGGAUUGGAUCGGAAAGAUAAUAAGCAGCCCAGGAAAAAACGUGGCCGUUAUCGGCAAUAUGAUCAUGAAAUAAUGGAAGAGGCUAUUGCAAUGGUAAUGAGCGGAAAAAUGAGUGUUUCCAAAGCACAAGGAAUUUAUGGGGUACCUCACAGCACUUUAGAAUACAAGGUAAAAGAAAGAUCUGGAACACUGAAGACUCCUCCGAAGAAGAAACUCCGAUUACCAGACACUGGGUUAUAUAAUAUGACAGAUUCAGGGACUGGCAGCUGCAAAAACAGCAGCAAGCCUGUGUAGAUUACUUGUUAGGAAGAUGUUUGUGUGUGUGUAUGUGCGUGCGUGCGUGUAUGUGUGUUUGCGUGUGUAUGUGCACAGGUGUGUUGUUGUGUGUCUGUAUACACACAUGUGGGAAUUACACAUGCUCACUCUGACAGGAGACAUGAAAUUUUACAGUUCAAAAACCACUUACAUGCCUUUUGAAAAAAAGUUUUAUUCAGGGUUUUCACUGUGGACAGAAUUAUAUAGUUGCUUACUUAAUUCUGAUAGUUUGUAUUUAAUCCUUGUAUAAAUAGGUGAAAAAGAUUCAGGUUUUCUUUAGUAGUCAAUAGCAUAAAGCAUUGUGGGAAAACAAGUAACUGUCAAGUGAAAUAUUUUUAUUGGUGAAAGACCACUCCAGCCAUUCAGUUGAACCAUCUUCUAAUGGAAAUAUAUUACUAGUUUGUAAGCAUUUUUGCAUAACAUACUUACAUUUAUUGUAAGUAUAUGAAACAACCAAUCAAAGUUUAAACAGACAGCUAUCUCCACACUAAUAAAAAUUAAUAUAUACAGUAUUAGUACACUACAGUGCAUUCUAUGAAAUAUGAAAUGCACUAAAGUGCAUCCACCAGAAAUAGAAAACCUUAAAUGAUAUGUAUAAUGAAAUUUAAUAUUUAUCAUUUAAUAGUUGAUUUAGCAGGAAGUUGGGGUUUAUAAGGUAUAUACUUUAAAAAGAAACUGACACAUAGUUAACCCCAGCAGCUAUAGAAUCCUUUAAUGUAAGAUGGAAUACUAAGAACAAAAAGUAAUUUAAAUUUAAUUAUUAAAAUAAUUUAAUUUUGUUUUUCAUUUGAAAAAUAAGCUAAUGUGUAAGGUUAGAAAAGAAAGUUGGAAUGCAACUUAGAGCAUGUUUAUAAUGUGCACAGAAAAAGCUUGAGAAUGAUAAUUUUGGUUUAAAUGUGCUGGUUAGUUGAUGUUAUGACUACUUUAAAUUUUAAGGAUUGUGACACACUCCUACUAUUGAAAAACCUCAGUGUAACUUUAAUAUAUUUGCUGCUGUGACAUUUCAAAACAUUUUCAGUUUAUCAAAAUGAGUUACAGAUUUCAUUUUGGUGGGCGAUACAUUAUCAUUUUGCUAAUAACCAAAUUUGCAGUUUGUUCAGGGUCUUGAAUAGAUUUACAAAUAUUUAACACUGAAGCUGUUUUGAACUUUCAGUAAUGUAAACUCUCUACUAAUUAGGUAGUUAGAAGCUGGGCAGUGCAUUUUAACUUUUACUAGACUCAUAAGAAAGACCAGUAAUUUUGUAUAGCAGUUUUAAAAUGUGUUUCAGAGUAUCCAUGUUGGAUUUAUGGAGUAUGCAGUUUUAGUGGUAAAAUGUUAUAAAGCAUGUGCCUCCAUAGAAAGAAUGGGGAUUUGCUUCAUAAAUAUAAAAUUCUUCGAGUGCCCCUUUUCUCUGUUAAAAUUCAGGUUCGGAUCAUUUUUUCUAAGCCAGUUUUCCUAAGUCCAAAAGGAAUACUUAAAGCUGAAUUUAAAAAAUAAGUGCACCUUGUCAAAUACAUGUGUUUUUACACUUGUGUUUGUGUGUAUCUAAUAAUCACAUAUACAUAUAAUACUAAAGAGAUUUUCAGCUAUUACAUUUAAAAACUGCUUACAUAAGUUUAAAGAAACUGAAGAGUAGAAAACUACACAACCAAGUAGUUAUUUGGUCUCUCAGAUCUAUACUGAAUCCUCUUCAGCUAUUAAAGUUACUUGCAUACUAGGAUAUGAAUCCUCUUGCUCUUUUUUUCCCCCCAAGAAAGUAUACAUAAUAGAUUGCAAAACAGCAGAUGUCAGGGUCAUCUUUGUUUUUAAAGAAUUAAGCCAUAUUUUGUGAGGGCCAGAACUUGGAUUAUUUAAUAUAUUUCCCUUCCCCCCCAUUGAAAAACAAAGUUAAAUGUUUCAACACAAUUUUAUUGACCUCUUUAUACAGAAUUUUACCUGCAAAAAUUUGGGGGUUUGAAUGCAUUACAUAAUAUUUAUAUUGUAUUGAGCUUUUUUAUUCCUCACACUAUAUUUACAUUAAUAAAUUGAUUGAGAAGUUUAUAGUAAAGGGAUACUUACAGAACACUUUUAUAUCAUUUAAAAGAUGACCUGACCAAAAACUUUACAGGAUUCAUAAAAUCAGGGAUCAUUUUGCUAUUGACUUCACAGUGAUCAGUAGUUUUAUAGGUGAUAUUAUAGUUAAUUUGCAGCAUUUUAGUACUCGUAUUAUUUAUUUUUGGUCAGAAAUAGUAAAUUAAAUAUUUUUUGAUAGUUUAUAGGUAAUGAUCAACCCAUAACUUUUAAAAGAAACAAAAUGUUUCUAAUUAUUGAGUUAACUUUUGAUUAUACAAACUAGGAAAGGCAGGGAAAUUUAUGGGUUCCCCUUCUCCCCAGUGAUUCUAUUAAGGUGUUCUUUAUGUUUAACUUUCAAAGUACUUUAUAAAUUUAGUUACCAGUUACUACUUGUUAAUUGACAAUUUUCUGAAAAAUCCAGUUUCAGCAGACUUUUAGUGAAGGUGAAAGCAAUCCUUAUGUGCUUUCUACUUAUUUGAAUGUUCCUCAAGUAUUUUAUAUUAAAAAAAAAAGAAGGAAAAGAAAAAACAGUGCCUCUGUUUUUAGAAAACUACUGCUCAGUAAAGUUGUUUAAACCAUUUCUGGUAGCUAAUGACAAUUUUAUAUUAAAUUGUAUACUAACUUUAGUGAGACUGAUUUUUUUAGUUGUUUACAGUACAAAUACUUGUAUUUGUUCUUUAAUUACAGUAUUUUCAUUGUCGCAGUAAUUUAGUAAAACUCUGUGGCUGCCUUGAUUUUGACAGAUUUUGUUAAUAUAAACUGAUUGUUAGGCAAUUAGUUAUAUUUAUGCAUAAAUCAAUUGCACUAUAAUUCAUGAAUUAUUUAUUACAAUAUUUUCUAAUGAAUUCAUGUAUCUGUCUUGUGUUGUAAAUGUACUGUAAUUCUGUUUCUACUUUGUGUUGUUAUAUAUCUAAAUCUGAUUGUAUGAAUUUUAAUUGUUCAGUUAACGUGUUUCUAGGUUGUAAUUUGUAGUAAAGCACUUCAAUGCUUUUGCACUUAAAUUUACAACACUGUUGGUGUGUGAUUGAUUUACUCAUUCAUUCAGUAAAAGAAAAAGAGAAAAGAAAAGAAAA